UUUUCCCACAACACUAGCCCCCAGUUCCCAAGUUUGGGCUAGCAUAGGUUGACCAAAGGAAGUAAAGGUCUAAUGCACUAGGCCAGCUUGCUGAAGAAGUUAUUUGCAAAUGUGGUUAUCUUCUUACUGUUGUUGCUUGUGCAAGGUUCAGUUAAGAAACAUCAGAGGUUAGAAGUUAGUUUUUUUGUACAAUCUAUGGCUUGUUGAGUUAGUGUGUUGAAAGAUUCUUAAAGUCGGAUAUUUCUGAGUUGGUGUUUGGCAAAAUUUGGUGCUAACCUAUCUUUGUGCUAGUGUAUAUAGCUCAAAGAAAAGAUAGUUGUAAUUAUUAUUCCCUUUUGUAGGUGAUAAACAUGUCAAGAGAAUAUUUGUAUUUCAUAUAUUAUCCCUAUCUUUAGAGUACUUGCACUUCUUACUCUAUUGCAAAGAGAUUUGUAUAAUUGUCAAGGGUCAUUGAAGUUGUCAUUUGAGACUUAGUUUUGAUCAAGAAAGUUUAAAUGGCUGGUGGAACAGCUCCCCCAAGAGGAAGUGCGGCAGCUGCUGCAAGCCUGCGUAGGAGGAGAUCGACAAGUGGUGCAGCCUCAGGAGGGGCAGCUGGGACUAUGCUCCAGUUUUAUACAGAUGAUGCUCCAGGCCUCAAGAUCUCUCCAAAUGUUGUGCUUGUCAUGAGUAUCGGUUUCAUAGCUUUUGUUGCCAUUCUUCAUGUCAUGGGCAAGCUGUAUUUUGUUCGUAGAGAGGCUUAAAAGUGUGCCAAACAAUAGAACUAAAUCCAACAGGGUUAAUUUGGGAUUUUCAGUUACAAUCAAAAGGUUUUUUAAUUAAAAAUGAGUCUGUUGUCAAGAUACAGUAUAUUUUCAAUGCUUAAAUAGGUUAAGUUGUCAUUGCUCAGUUUAUUUGAGGAAGAUACUGCAAUUCAUAUUCAUAUUUUAUCA